UCCUCUAUAGAAAGAUCAUCACGUGUGCCUUACGUAGUAACGUAGAAUACUCAAUAUUGCAUAUUGCCUUGUGUUUAAAAAGAGGUUUCAAUAUGGUUAGUUCAUUAGUUAAAAACGAUGAUGCCUUCAAUGAUGAAGAUAUGGAUGAUGUUUCAUACGAGAAGCAUAGACAAUUGUUACAAACAAUUACAUCUAAAACCAAACGAAAAAUCCAACCAACUACUCGAAAUGAACCAAGUUUACAAGUUUCUGAGUUUCAUUUGUCAAGUGGAAAGCAAACAACAAACGUUGAUGACUUAACAGAUGCAUUAAAAAAAAAAGCACCAAAAAUAAGACAAAAAAUUCAAGUAGCUAAAUCAACAAAAAAGCUAUUGCAGAAACCAUUAGAUAAAGUUCAUGCUGAAAAAAUAAAAAGAGCAGUAGCUUAUGAUAAUUUCAAAAAACACAUUAGUAGAUGGUCUGCUAUUGUUGAAAAAAAUAAAUCUGCUGAUCAGUUAAGAUUUCCUUUAAGAAAUAGUGAAGUUGAAGUUUUUGAUAAUCGUAUGGUUGAUUUUAGUCGAGGGUUAUCUAAUCCUACAGAUUUACAAAAAAAAAUUACUGCUGUAUUACAAUCUAGUGAAAUUGUUCAACAAAAACAAAAAGAUUUAAAAAUGUCUUGGAUCGAAAAAGAAAAAGAAAAGUAUCCAUUAACACUUAAAGAGUUGUUAGAAAAACGUAAAACUAUGGCUAGUUUUCGAGCUAAAGAAUCAUAUAGACAUGCUAAAGCUCAUAGACAAAAUAAAAUUAAAAGUAAAAAAUAUCAUAGAUUAUUAAGAAGAGAGAAAACAAAAGAGCAAAUCAAAGAAUUUGAAAAAUUACAAGAGACAGAUCCUGUAGCAGCGUUAGAAAAACUUAAUGUUAUUGAAAAAACAAGAGCUGAAGAGCGUGCUAGCUUAAGACAUAAAUCUACUGGACAGUGGGCACGAAAUCAUGUUGUACGAGCCAAAUAUGAUAAAGAUAGCCGAAUAGCAUUAGCAGAACAGUUAAGAAAGAGUAAAGAGUUAACUCAGAAAGUACAACCAUCAUUAAACGAUACUAAUGAUUCUGAUAGUUCUGAUGAAGAACAACUUGAAAUACCUGAUGAUCAAGUGGUUGAUCCUGAUAAUCCUUGGCUUGCUGAACGAAAAGAAUUCAAAGAUUUUAUAGUUGGUUAUAAUAAUUUUGUUCAAAAUAAUAGUGAAACCAAAGAAAUAAAUGAUCAAUUUAAAAACAAUGAAUCAAAUGAGAAAAUAAGUAAAACUAAAAACACUAAUGAUCAAUAUAAAAACAAUAAAUCAAAUGAAAAAAAUGAAAAAAAUACAGAAACUAAAGAAUCUGAUACGAACAAACUAAAAAGUGAUAAAAUAGUAACAAUUAAAGAUGAAAUUAAAAAAAAGAAAAAUAAUAAGGUUAAGAAUAUUACAGUUCAUGAUCUUUCUAAUUUUGAUGAGGAAGAGAGUUUUGUUGAAGUUUUAAAAAUUGUUACACCUAAAAAAAAAAAAGUUCGUUUUGCUAAUGAUAUAACUGAGUUAGAAACUAAUACUAAAGAAAUAAAUACAAAUGUUAAAAGUGACUCUAAGGUACAAUGCAAUAAGAAAAGUAGUAACGUUGAUGUAAUUAAUACAGUUGCUGGAACUUGGUAUGUAUCUUCAGAUAAUGUUAAUGAUAACAUGAACAAAAAAAAAGUACACAGAGAUGUUGAAAAUGCAUUUAAGACUGUUGAAAAUGAAUUAAAAAAAAAAAUUGAUGAAAAAUUGUUAAAACUCAAUAAAGUUAAACAACCUGCAAAAACAGAUGUUGUUAAACGUCAAAAUGAAGAGGUAAAAAUUGAUUACUUAAAAAUGAAUAAUAAACGUACUAAAGCUGAAUUUAAUGAACCUUUGUAUGAGGAUAAUAAAACAUUAGAUACUAAUAAUAUAAACAAUAUUGAAGACAACCAAGGAUCUGCUAUUAAAAUUGUUGAAAAACCCAAAAAGCAAGUACAAAAUAUUGAUCCAACAGAAUUUUUACAAGUGACUCAAACAAAUUUAGAAACUGAAGAAAUGACUCAGAUAGAAGAUCAAAUGGACGAUAAAGAAGAAAAUGAACAAGAAAAGUUGAUCGCAGAAGCUUUUGCUGAUGAUGAUAUCAUUAAUGAAUUCAAGGAGGAAAAGAAAAAGUUAGAAGAACAAUCCAAGCCAAAAACAGAAACAGCACUUCCUGGUUGGGGCAGUUGGGCAGGUCCUAAUAUCAGAAAACGAACAUUUAAGAAAAGAGGUAACAUGGGGAUGUUCAGAACACCUGCUAAACCACCACGUAAAGAUUUCAAUCGAGAAAAAGUUAUUAUUCAUGAAAAUGCUGAUGAUUCUAUUAGAUCACAUUUAGUUUCUGAAUUGCCAUAUCCAUUUAAAGGUAUUGAAGAAUAUGAAGAAACAAUCAAGGUACCUGUGGGACGAACAUGGGUGCCCGAGACAGUUUUCCAAAAACUUACUGCUCCCCCAGUUGUUACUCAAAUGGGUCAAAUUAUUAAUCCAAUUGAUGAAAAUUCUGUUGUCAAAAUUAAAUUAAAUGAUUAAUAUUUAUUUUGAGAA